AUGGCCAACAGCAGCUCCAUCAGCGAGUUCCUCCUCCUGGCGUUGGCAGACACGCGGCAGCUGCAGCUCCUGCACUUCUGGCUCUUGCUGGGCAUCUACCUGGCUGCCCUCCUGGGCAACGGCCUCAUCAGCACAGCCGUAGCCUGCGACCACCGCCUGCACACCCCCAUGUACUUCUUCCUCCUCAACCUCGCCCUCCUCGACCUGGGCUGCAUCUCCACCACUCUCCCCAAAGCCAUGGCCAAUGCCCUCUGGCACACCAGGGCCAUCUCCUAUGCAGGAUGUGCUGCUCAGGUCUUUUUCUUCUUCUUUUUGUAUUCAGCAGAGUAUUCCCUUCUCACCAUCAUGUCUUACGACCGCUACGUUGCCAUCUGCAAGCCCCUGCACUACGGGACCCUGCUGGGCAGCAGAGCUUGUGCCACCAUGGCAGCAGCUGCCUGGGGCUCUGGGGUCCUUAAUUCCCUGCUGCACACUGCCAAUACAUUUUCACUGCCUCUGUGCCAAGGCAAUGCUGUGGAUCAGUUCUUCUGUGAAAUCCCUCAGAUCCUCAAGCUCUCCUGCUCACAGUCUUAUCUCAGGGAAGUUGGGCUUAUUGUCUUUAGUGUCCUUGUCUUAUUUGGAUGUUUUUUAUUCAUUCUGUUCUCCUAUGUGCAGAUCUUCAGGGCUGUGCUGAGGAUGCCCUCUGAGCAGGGACGGCACAAAGCCUUCUCCACGUGCCUCCCUCACCUGGCUGUGGUCUCCCUAUUUCUCAGCACUGGCUUUUUUGCCUGUCUAAGGCCCCCCUCUCAUUCCUCCCCAUCCUUGGAUCUGAUGAUGGCUUUUCUGUACUCAGUGGUUCCUCCAACACUGAACCCCCUCAUCUACAGCAUGAGGAACCAGGAGCUCAGGGAUGCAGUGAGGAAAAUGAUGCCCUGGUCACAUUUCAGCAGGGAUAAGCUUCUUGUCUGUCUCUAUAAAUGACUCACAGUCUGUCCCAUAGCAGGCUUGUUUUAUGUUUUUUACUAUUAAUAUUUUUUUCUUUAUUUCCUUUUCUAUUCUUAUAUGCAUGUGUGUCUGUGGUUGUCAUGUUCCUAUAAAUGUGUUUGGCUUCCUACCGAUUCUACUGAGACAUCACCCUGCUCUCUUUCUUCUGGAGCCCAUAUGAUCCUGGGUCAGUGCUGACUCCCACAGCCUCUGUGUUCCAUCUCUGUCUCUGCAGGCAAAUGAGAUGGCAGCAGGCACCGUGGAGCUCAUAUAGGCUGGAUUACUGGAAGGUAUCAGUAUAUUAGCUGAAGGACUUACAUAUUACUUUAUCAAAAGGAAUCAGUGCGUGCUCAUCCUAAAACUUCCCAGUUUAGCUUCACUUGAUGUGUGAACAGCCCUGUUUUU